AUGCCGGAGACAGCCAACUUUGUUGCUCCCUUGUCUCAAGGGUUUGGCUAUGGUAUUAUUGUCGGGUUAGGGUUCGCGUUUGCUUUGGUGAUGGUUUUCAUUACCUGGGCCCUCAAAAGGCAAGUGCUACAUCUCUUUUCCAAGUACGAAGUCCAAACCUCAGAGAUGUUUUCAACUGCAGGAAGAUCCGUAAAGUCAGGUUUGGUUGCUGCUGCUGUCGUAAGCAGCUGGACUUGGGCUGCCACCCUUCUGCAAUCCUCUGCAGUAGCCUAUCAGUACGGAAUUUCGGGGCCAUUUUUCUAUGCAUCAGGUGCCUGCGUGCAGAUUAUUUUAUUUGCAACGCUCGCCAUUGAACUCAAAAGGCGAGCCCCAAAUGCGCAUACGUUCCUGGAAGUCAUCCGCGCUCGAUAUGGCACUGCUGUCCAUGUGGUCUUCAUUGUUUUUUGCUUGAUGACCAACAUUCUUGUCACUGCAAUGUUGCUCACUGGUGGAUCUGCUGUCUUGACAUCCUUAACUGGAGUUAAUACGGUUGCAGCUUGCUUCCUGCUCCCCAUUGGUGUCGUGCUCUAUACUCUCUUCGGUGGCAUCAAAGCAACUUUUAUCACCGAUUAUAUGCACACCGUGGUUAUCAUCGUCGUUAUAUUCAUCUAUGCGUUCUCCGCUUACGCGUCUAACGAAACUCUUGGAUCUCCGGGUAGAGUUUAUGAUGCUCUGGUUGCGGCGGCUGAUCGCCAUCCUGUGGAGGGCAAUGCUCAGGGCAGUUAUCUCACCAUGCGAUCAAAGGAGGGUGGUAUCUUCUGGGUUAUUAACCUUGUCGUGUGUUUCAGGACUGUCUUCCUGGACAAUGGCUAUUACAACAAAGCUAUUGCUGCGCACCCCGUACAUGCCUUUCCCGGUUAUGUUAUUGGUGGCCUCUGCUGGUUUGCCAUUCCUUGGCUCUGUGCCAGUACGAUGGGAAUAUCUGCUCUUGCUCUUGAAGGCACUCAGCGCAUGAGCUCGGAGGACGUAACUGCCGGCCUUGUCCUACCUUUUGCUGCUGUCAAGCUGCUGGGAUAUAGUGGUGCUCUCAUUGCUGUUUCUUCCAUCCUGACGUACGAUAUCUAUCAGGCUUAUAUCAACCCCUCUGCAAAGGGCAAGAGACUAGUGUGGGUGUCUCAUAUGUCCUGUAUUUUCUGGGCUAUUGCCAUGGCCAGUUUCGCAACCGGUCUCUACUACGCUGGUAUCGGUAUGGGCUACCUUUAUUUGCUCAUGGGUGUUAUCAUCUCCUCGGCGGUGUUCCCAGGCGCGAUGACCCUCGUCUGGAAGGCACAGAACUGGGUCGCCGCAGCUGCAUCGCCUAUUCUGGGCCUCGCCGUGUCCCUCAUCGCAUGGCUUGUAACUGCUAAGAAGGAAUCCGGUGUAUUGACCGUCGCUACCACUGGCGCAAACUACCCCAUGCUUGCUGGAAACGUCGCCGCCCUCCUCAGCCCCAUCAUAUUCUCUCCAGUCCUCACCUACAUAUUCGGCCCUCAAAACUACGACUACGAAUCCAUGCGUGCCAUCCGCAAAGUUGACGACACAGAUGUCGCAGCAGCCGCACACGUCGACAUCGAACUAAUCCCCGGCGAAACCAGUCCCGCCACCAUCAACGCCGCCAAAGAGCAAGAAGAAGAGCGCAAGCUCAACAGGGCCGCGCUCUACUCGCGCACCCUCACCAUCGGCAUGGUCCUGUGCUUCCUACUCCUAUGGCCAAUCCCCAUGUACGGCAGCUCAUACGUGUUCAGCAAGAAGUUCUUCACCGGCUGGGUUGUCGUGGGUAUCAUCUGGCUUUUCUGUACGACUGUAGGAGUGGUGAUUUUCCCACUAUAUGAGGGAAGAGAGAGUAUUAUUCGUACGGCUAGGCUUAUGGCUCUUGAUGCUGUUGGCAAGAAGCCGAGGUUCGAGGGACAGGAACAGACUCCAUCUGGUGUUGCGACGCCGACGGAGAAAGUGGGCACUAAGUCGGAUGUGUAG